AUGGGCUCUAUUUCACCUCAUGUGGCCGAGCUUGACGGCUCCCACUUCAAGAUCACUCGCUCCACCAACUUGCGCGAUGUGCCCCUGCCUGGCUCACCCGAGGAGCAGAGCCACUCCUAUUGCACUGACCACAUGGUCACUGUGAGGUGGACUGUUGAUAAUGGCUGGGAAACUCCCGAAGUCAAGCCUUUUGGAAAUCUCAGCAUACCACCUACAGCUUCAGUGCUUCACUACGCCACCGAGUGCUUCGAGGGUAUGAAAGUGUACCGUGGCUACGAUGGCAAGCUGCGUCUAUUCCGCCCCGACUGUAACGGCGAGCGUUUGAAUACCAGUGCCCAGCGUUGUUCACUCCCAGGAUUCAAAUAUGACGAGCUGAAGAAGCUGGUUGCGAAGCUGAUGGAGAUUGACGGCCCUCGUUGGCUCCCCAAGAAUCGUCCCGGCUCCUUCCUCUAUAUUCGUCCCACUGUCAUCGGCAAUGGCCCUCACCUUGGUGUCUCCGUCCCUAAGGAGGCUUUGCUUUUCAUUAUUACCGUUCCCUGGCCCGACUUCACCAAGAUUAAGCAGGAUGGGGAUGAGGCUCCCAAGGGCUUGAAGCUUUUUGCAUCUUCCCCCGAUUCAAUCCGUGCCUGGCCUGGUGGUUUCGGCUAUGCUAAGCUUGGCGCCAACUACGGUCCAUCUCUCCAGUCUCACGGCAAGGCUCAGGCUCAGGGCUACGACCAGAUUCUAUGGCUAUUCGGCGAAAACCGCCAGGUCACUGAGGCUGGUGCUAGCAACUUCUUUAUCAUCUGGAAAAACGCCGAUACUGGAAAAUUGGAGCUUGUCACCCCUCCGCUGGAAAGUCAGCUCAUUCUGCCUGGUGUUACCCGGAGAAGCGUGUUGGAGCUUGCGCGUGAGAGAUUUUCCAAGGUUGUUGGUACCUUGGAACCUCUGGAGGUUGUUGAGCGCAACUUCACUAUUGAUGAUAUUGAAAAUGCCUCCAAGGAGGGUCGCAUUGUUGAGGCUUUUGUCUCGGGCACUGCAUACUUCAUCACCCCCGUUGCCUUGAUUAAGAGCAACGACACCAAGAUCAGCACAUUGAGCGCUUCCGGAGAACCUGCAGGCUACGCCGCUCAGAUUAAAUCUUGGUUAGAGGCUAUCAUGUUUGGUAAAGAAGCUCAUGACUGGGCUUACGUUGUUGAAGAGAACGAGUAA